CAAUCCAAAAGACUGCAGAUCACCCAUGCAAACAGUCACAGCGCCUAACUAGCGAGGAUACAGGUUAGGGUGAACGCUAGGAUAAACUUAAAAUGAAUUGCCAAGGCUCCCUUAAACGGUUGAUGUAGCCGUUUUGAAUGAGUAAUCACGGACGAUUACUCAUUAACCGCUUAUUAUUCCUAUUCUGUGCGGGGCGUGGGGAAGAAUGGCGUUUCUCAGCCAUGUCAACUAUCACGACGAGGAGCUUGUUUGAUGCACAACAUAUGGACUAGCGGCUUAUGAGUUCCAGUAGCACCCUUAGUCUCCAACUCGAGCCCUUGUAACUAUUCCUUUCAUCCGCAACUGACGGGCUCUAAUCCCCUCCCGACCGAGACUCACGUCCAAUAAGAAUCCAUCUAGGAAAACCCUCGAACAUGCAUAUAUCUGUCACUCGCUGUCCACUGAUUCAAACAUCCGUGACUUUCCUGUCUCGCAGGGGACGAUAUCAUCUUCUUCUCAGUUCGAGUUUAUUUUUGCUGAUCCUUUUGAGACUCGAAGCGACAUUAUGUCGAUACACACAGACCAAGUGGUCGACGAGAAGGCUGCUGCCAUCAGCAGCAGCACCAACUCUUCCACUGGCGAUAAGAUCAACGCAUACGACUAUGGUGGCAAUCCCCUCCUGCACUCGCACACGGGUGACUCUGCCCGUCUGCCUGCCUUUGGAGGUGAAUUCCAGCCAGGUCUUUACAGGCCGACUCCCAACCGCCAAUUCGCCAACCCUGCUCCCCUUGGCCUCUGUGCUUUCGCGUUGACGACCUUUGUACUUUCCCUGAUUAACAUCAAAGUCCGAGGUGUCGCCGCGCCCAACAUCAUCGUCAGUCUCGCUUUCGGAUAUGGUGGCUUCGUUCAAUUGUGCGCCGGCAUGUGGGAGAUGGCUGUCGGCAACACCUUCGGUGCUACUGCGCUCUCGUCUUACGGUGGAUUCUGGAUCUCGUUCGCUAUUAUCUUGACACCCGGUGGCUUUGCGAUCGGCAGCGCCUACACGAACAAGGAUGAGUUUAACCAUGCGAUCGGCUUCUAUUUGGCUGGGUGGUUCAUCUUCACCACUCUCCUGCUUAUCUGCACAGUUCGUUCUACGCUUGCAUUUUUCAUGCUCUUCUUCACCCUGGAUAUUGCUUACCUCUGUCUCAUGAUCGGCCAUCUACGAUUGGUUCCUAACGCUGCCGGCACUGCUAACAUCCCGCAACCUGGCCUCAUCGUGGCUGGUGGUUACUUUGGAUUGUUUGCUGCGUUUUUGGCAUGGUAUAAUGCUCUGGCUGGUAUCGCUGACACAAGCAACUCUUUCUUCGUCGUCCCAGUCGCCCACUUCCCAUGGUCCGACAAGGGCCGCGAGGCCCGCGUGACGAAGACCGAGCGCGAGACUGUCUAAAGCGCGUUUCAAGACAUUUAUAGAACGGGUAUCGCCCGAUAGUAUACGGUUUGGAUGUACACUGGGAGAUUCUAAGCGAUCACGGUGGUUGUGCAGAUUUGCAAAGUCCUUAUAAUAUCCAAUCGAAUAUAUAUUGCCCCUUUGCGGCCCA